GUCCAAUUCCAAUCAUCUUAUCCCCAUCAUUUUCACAAACACACAAACAGGAAUAUCAAAUAUGACAUGACACCAGCAAAGCAACACUUCCAUCCGAAUUUUGUCGUAGACAAAUGGAUUCGAAUCUGAUCCGAUUAUCAGCCCCGUUUACGCUGAAACACACCGUUUUGAACAAAUCCCGUAAAUCCCAUUCUCUCCCUUCAUUCCCUAAUUUCCCUGCCUCAAGGAACUCUCAGAGGCUAAUCAGUUUCAGGCUGGGAACGGGAAGCUCCCGAAACGACGCCGCUUUCGACGACGCCGCUUUCGAGGCCGAGAGGCUCAGACUCGACGCCAAGGCUCGGGAAGCCAUGGCCGAGGCUUCGAAGAGAGAGACUAGUAGUACUAGCGAGAAUGAAGACGACCCGAAAGCUUGGAAAUGGGUGAUCCGAAAGAGGAUUUGGGAUUUGAUGGAGGCCCGAAAUAUUGCACAGAAUCCCCGACCCGUUCACCACCGUAUCCCCAAUUUCGUGGGCGCUGCAACGGCUGCCCAAAAAUUGGGUGGGUUGGAAGAGUUCCGGGUCGCCAAGUGUGUUAAGGUUAACCCGGAUUCGCCCCAGAAACAAGUCAGGUUUCUCACACUUUCUGGUGGGAGACAGUUGUUAACACCUCAGCCCCGGUUGAGGACAGGGUUUUUCUCUGUCGUUGAAUCCCAUAUGUUACCAACUCCUAGUACAAUCAAUGAGGCCUGCACCUCUGUCGGGGUUGCCAAGUAUGGCCGGCCCAUUGGGCUAGAUGAAAAGAUAAAGGUGGAUCUAAUCAUCAUCGGCUCAGUUGCUGUUGACCCAACCACAGGCGCUCGACUUGGCAAGGGUGAGGGAUUUGCAGAACUUGAGUAUGGGAUGCUGCGAUACAUGGGAGCCAUUGAUGACUCAACGCUAGUUGUGACAUCUGUGCAUGAUUGUCAGUUGGUAGAUGAUAUUCCAGUUGAGAAACUGUUAAUCCAUGACGUCCCAGUGGACAUCAUAUGCACUCCCACCCAGCUUAUUUAUACCAGCACAUCCAUUCCAAAGCCUCAAGGGAUUUACUGGGACAAGUUGUCACCUGAGAAGCUGGGACAAAUUCGAGUACUCAGAGAGCUGAAGAGCAGAAUUGAACGAGAGACUGGAGAGAAACUUCCUUGUGGUCCGUCUGAGAAACUGCCCCCCACAGCUCGACGGAAGCCGUAACUUGGGAUAGGAAGAACUUAAAAAGAAGCUGAGAAAACAUAACUUAACCUCAGAGAAGUGUGAAUUUAUGUUUGUGCUAUUUCAGAUGUGAUGAAUGAGUCACCGUUAUUCUAAUUCAGUUGUAUAUACACAUUGAUUUAUAUUAUUUUUCUCUGAAGAGAAUUUGGCUA